UAUCAAGUUCUUUAUUCUGUGGUCGUAUCUGGCUACAUUCAGCGUGUAAACAAACCGCAAUGCUAAAGCUGCUUAGUUGACGCCGAUUAAAGGUAAAUAUCACAGAAGUAACAAUCAGAAUGAUUGCAUUCGGUGUUACUGUAGAUUCAAAGUUGGCUUGUGCGUGGCAACCAUUAUAAGGAAGCGCAGCGAUUCAUUACACCGCAUUAUCCACAACUAGAGGUUUGCAAGAUUCGGUCUCAACUUUGUUUCAUUUUAGAGCGCAUGACGAUGGUUUAAAUGCACGACCCCGCUUCGUCGUGUACGAUCUCGGUUGAUGCAAGAACGGGCAAAGACUGGACGACUAGUGUUGCGACGUCGUUAUUCCUCGCCGUUUGUUUAUGCCAGUGUCUUGGAACAGCAAGUCUCUCGUACUGCGAACAGUGAAGUAUCUGACAGCGGUUGAUUAUAAAGGCAAUGUGGCUGUCAGGGUUGAUCGAUUUGACCGAGGUGUCCCAUCACUGCUUCCAAGGGAACAGGGCUGUUUGUAUUUAAAAGGCCGCCCAUUGCCAUCACAAGGGGCAGAGGACAGCACUCGUGUGGCAGAAGCAAGAAAGGCGUGCACGCACUUGGGGAAACAUAUCCGAUCAUGCGACUGCGUUCCAGCAAUAGCCGGAGCCAGCCACAGCCUUCUGCAGGACACGGCGCUUCAGUUGGUAAAAGAAGAAAAGGUGCUGCUACCGGCCGUAGGAAGCCAGUUGCCAAAAAUCAGGUGCAGCAGAUGGACAGAGCAAGCUGGGGCAUGCAUGAAGUCGCUUGAAAAUAAUCGGGCCUCACAGCGAAGUGAAAGAAGGGACGACAACACUUGCAGCUUGGCUGGCGGCUCCCAUCGGCAGCCAUUAUGGCCUAAACCACCAAACAGAAGUAACUUGGAGGUGGUACCCACCACGAAAGAGCACAGUACAAACAUCAGCAUCAUGACCAGCUUGUCAACGCCUGAUAAUAGUGUGAACGCUGAGGCGACCCUUGGCUCUGAAAGUUCAGCAUUAACUCUGGUACAGGUACAUCUGCUUCAGCCCCCUGAUGUUGAACCAGUUGUUCAGAAUACAUCGUCCAUCACUGAGCGUAAAAAAAAGCACCGGAUCCCUGCGAUAACAAGUGAUCUGCCAUCAACAUCUGCAGUCAGUACUACAGCACAGUCUGCCUCAGUGAACUUGACUGCCAAGCCUCUCCAACAACCUCUCCCGUUUGCCAAGAAAGUAAAGAUACUUGCCGACGUACGUGCAGGAAAGCUCAGCAAGGCUGAAAUUGUGUUCAAGUACCACAUACGUUGGGCUGUCUUAUACGAAGUCAUAAAGGCUGCGAGUGAAAUAGACGCCGCACUAAAGUGCCAUGGCUUGACGCCUGAAAAACGUGACUCACAUCUGGUGUCGGAAGCUCAUGGCUUCGAGGGCAAGCUCAAUACUACCAAGGCACAGGAGAGCCCAGAGGGAAUCUCAGCAACUCCUGGGGCAUUCUUCGUGUCAGAAGACUUGUACUUCAACCCUCCAAAGAAGCGCAGUAGGCAACCGGGUUCAAGACAUAAGAAAUGCCUUCUGCCUUUAGAUGUCCAGAGUGCAUCCCUAGAAACUGCAGAGACGAAUGUUGAUAACCUCGAUGUUGCAAGUCCAAUGUCCACCACGAUUAAGGUGGGAAAAGCUGGGCGCAGUAAGAGAAAGAAGAGAGCAAAGCCCGUAGGAAGAACUAUGCAUACUGUGUCCACACAGACAGUGUCCUCAUCCGGAAGAGGGUCACUGAUCACGUUCCUGUCGACUACGAAUGGUGCUGAUGCAAUGACUCAAGUCAACCACAGACGUCAGGCUGAUAAGGGUUCUGGAACAGCAACACAACAGUUCCAGAAACUGUCACCUGAUCUGAACACAGAAGGGGACUGCAAAGGCCUGUUCCCACCAGAGUUCUCACGGCACUUUCGUAAAGUGGACGACAAUGACUUCAAUGCGGCUUGCAUUGAAGACGAUACUGUUCGUUGGCCGCGGGCUCCUCCUACACCGCAACCGAAACUGGUCGACUCUGCGAGCUCCUCGGCACCUACAGAGUCAUCCGGCUUCAGUCUUUCAAAAGUCAAGCAAGAAGUCGUUCAAGGCAGUGACACUGAAGAAAUUGUGUUUGAUCCCCUUGUUGUGCCAAAGCAAGAACCUUGUUCGCCACAAGGGGGAGACUGUGAUGACUUUGUUAUGGAGUGUGACGAAGACGUCGAACACAGUGGUAAACAAAAUUUUCAGCUUCCUCCGCAUGACGUCAUUAAUGCCAUGAGCCAGUGGGACGAUGUCAAUGUAAAGCGUGAACCCUCCUCACUGUAGUGCAAUGUGGACCAAAUGAUGAUUUUUAGAGGAUGUCACAGCCAACAUGAAGUAAGCUUUAAAAAAAAAGACUUGUGUGGAUGGAAUCAAUGGUACAAUGUUAUCAACCUGCUGGAGAAUCCUUCGGUAUUCUUUUUGUUCUUAUUUAUGGAGUGACUAGUACUGGUUUAUAACGUUUUAAUUCUUUAGUUUAUGGCCUAAACUUCAGUUUGUAUUGGAGAGCAUACUUGAAAAAUGUUACUUUUCAAUUGUUCGCGAUUCAUUGCCCGACUUGAGUGCCUCUUCUUUUCCACACCUAAAAUAAAGACAUUACACGGUGGGUUGUGGUGACAUAAAAAAAUUCAGGCGCUUUCUUUUAAGCAUGGAAAAAUGACCUACCAAAAGAGUAAUUCAUCGUAUGCCCCUGAAUAGAGUAGAACCCCAUAAUUAUGUGGUAAACGUGGAAAACGAAAAACGUAACCGUGAGGAAGAUUGCAAAUCGCCACAGCAAGAACAUCAGGAACAGUGGCUGCCAGUGCAGUUAUAUCUCUCAUUGCUUCUACUGUAACCAGAAACGGCACAUGCGCACUUGUAUAAUUAGGGGACACAUACAGUGAUCUGUGACAGUGGCCCCUACUGCAGUAUUUUGUGUGUGCUUCACUGCGUAACACAGUUCUCCUGCACUGAAGCUGACUAAAGAGACCAGCAAUUCAGAAAUGCAAAUAAGACUUACAGGCCCCAAAGUAAAUGUAGCCCUGUACUCGGAAGAAUUGGCCAAGUGUGCGUGAUUCCCGGCAGGUUUUAAUUUAUGCACAUUUUUUUCAGUUGCUUCGCCAACUGCUAUGUGCACGCUUUUUCCCAGUGUUUGUGCAGCUCCUGCUUGUGCAACUUUGUCCGUUUAUGCGUUUAUGGCAAACUUCGGUCACUUGUUGCAAUAAAUUCGUAGCUUGUGGCAACGAACGGGUUGUUUGUUGCAACAUGCGAGAGCCAAUUUCUCUCUGCACCGUUAUAUUUACGUGCCGGCCACUUCCAAAUCCACUUAAGGUGGGGGAACAUUACAGAAUGAUGCUGUAUCAAAUGGGAACAUAAUACACAGGAGUCAGCAGAAUUUAGGUCGGCACCAUGAUAACUCACUGCAACAGCGAGGAACGUAUCAACAGGGUUUUACUGUAUGAAGUUUUUGAAUGCACUCUGCAAACCUUGUAUGGAGCCUUGUGGUCCUAAUGUUAAUAACUAGUUUGUAAUUUAGAAUAAAAACAGGAACAGCGCAACACAGGACGAGCGAUUAAACACGACAGAGCGCUGACUACCAACCAAAUGCUUUAUUUGCAGAAGCAGCAUAUAAAUACAUCAACAAAUACAGUUUGUAAUUUGUUCUUCAAGCUUACCUUGAAAUAAAGUGGGAGCAGAAGUGAUAUUUAGGAAGCACCUAUAGAAUACAGCCUACAAAAGUAGACAAAGGACAGUUUCAUAUGUGAUGUGUGCCAUCUGUAUAAUAAAAUAAUUUCUGAAGAUGUUUA